AUGUUUUAUCAUAUAUCUCUCGAGCACGAGAUUUUGCUCCACCCGCGUUACUUUGGUCCACAGCUCCUGGAUACAGUUAAACAGAAGCUUUACACUGAAGUCGAGGGCACAUGUACCGGAAAGUACGGUUUCGUAGUAGCUGUCACGACGAUUGACAGUAUUGGCGCCGGUAUCAUACAACCCGGCCAGGGUUUCGUUGUUUACCCUGUUAAAUACAGGGCGAUUGUGUUCAGGCCGUUUAAAGGUGAAGUUUUAGAUGCUGUGGUGACUCAAGUCAACAAGGUAGGAAUGUUUGCUGAGAUAGGACCUCUUUCAUGUUUUAUUUCUCAUCACUCCAUACCAGCUGACAUGCAGUUUUGCCCCAAUGUAAGUCCACCAUGUUAUAAAUCCAAAGAAGAAGAUGUUGUUAUUCAAGCCGAUGAUGAAAUACGAUUAAAAAUAGUGGGUACUCGUGUUGACGCAACAGGAAUUUUUGCAAUAGGAACGCUUAUGGAUGAUUAUUUAGGUUUAAUUUGUCAAUAA